AUGACUUCCAGGUUCCCUAUUCGUCGACUUCGGCGACGCAAGAAGAAGGUAUCCAACAAUCCGGAAACUGAAGAAACAGAUACCUUCAAAGUCCAAAGUCUAAUUGCUCAGAUCAUUAACCUUGAAAAAACCCUACAACAAGCAAUCCAAACAGUUGACUCGCUCAGGGAUCAACUUGCAGAGUACGACGUUUUCCUAGCUCAUUCCCAGUGUCGCGCUGCUAUAUCUCCAUCUCCACCUCCAGCAUUCCAAGUCGGGACGCAGUCAGCCGAGCAAAUCAGCACCAAUAUAAGCCCCAGGAUGAAAUAUCCCCGCGUCUGGAUUGAUGACAUCUGGCUCUGCAACGCUCCUGAGAACAGCCCACUACAAGAAGCAGAGCCAUAUUGGAAAAACGGCAAUCCACAAUGUGCACUGGAGAUCGUUAGUCAAGCAAUCGAUUCCAACCCUUUUCUCUCUCCAGCGGAGGAAAUCCGCUGCCGGAUCUUUGCUGCUGCUGUGUUCCACUCUACGGGAAAUGUCGAAGAAUCCAACCGUCGUUUGGGCAUAGUCUUGCAGACGGUCGCAAGAUCCACUCGACUUGGCGAGCAGCGAGCCGGAGAACUUAGCAGUAUUGCUCAUUAUAUUCUAGGCAGAAAUCUCAUAGAGCUUGGAGAGUUUACCGAUGCCUAUUACUCACUUUCGCGGGCUCUUGGUACGCGUGGAUAUCACAGUAAAGCACGUGAUUAUCAAAAGAAUGCUGUUAUUGAGUUCACUCGUCAGAUGGCCAUGGGUGAUAACGCAUCGAUCUCUGCGUCUUUACGUCCUAUUGUGAGUCGGACUGAGUCAUCUUCAGAUGAAGAAUAA